AUGAGAAAACCGCUGAAAGGCACGACUGUAGUUGCGACACUAUCUGAACGGACAUGUCGAAACAAAGAAGGAUGUCAUGGUGGUUUUGGCCAAAAAACAGAAUCAAAGAUGGCGAGCGUGAUAUCGCUGAUUCACUCAACAUCAUCAUCGCAAACACGAAAUUUCCAAAGCAACAGUGCCACCUCGUCAGCUUGCACGAUGGCAGCGCUAGGACGCAAACUUCAGGCUCAUAGAUCAUCGCGACCAAAAGCUUGUCAUCAAGGCGAAACAACGGUUGGAACGGAGCAACACCAAUUUACUCUCGUAAUCAAAAUCACACCUUUAGAACACAACGUUAGAACGAGUAGAGAUGAUCUAUGGGCCUUCUUAGAGUCAAAUGGUGACGAUCGAAUAAGAAAGAAGCCGAAGUCAUCUCGGGCAUCCAAAACAUUCAGAAUCAUCACAUCCAACUGUCAGGUGCACAUGGGGGCUCCCAAAUCGCGAGAUGGCCGAAACAGCCCGCUAGGUGCUCGCUACAGUUGGAAACCAACGUGGCUAUGA